CCGAGAUUUGAAUUGAAAGUGAGAAAGAGACACACAAAGUUGGGAGAGGGAAAAAGAAAAAAAUCAGUGUUAUUGGAAAAAAAUGGCUAGCGGAGGAGGAUACGGAGAUGCGAAUCAGAAGAUAGACUACGUGUUCAAGGUGGUGUUAAUUGGUGACUCCGCGGUUGGGAAGUCGCAGAUACUGGCUCGGUUUGCAAGGAACGAGUUCAGCUUGGACUCCAAAGCCACCAUCGGCGUCGAGUUUCAGACUCGAACUUUGGUCAUCGAGCACAAGAGCGUCAAGGCUCAGAUCUGGGACACUGCUGGCCAAGAAAGAUAUAGAGCAGUUACAAGUGCAUACUACAGGGGUGCUGUUGGGGCAAUGUUGGUUUAUGACAUUACCAAACGUCAGAGCUUUGAUCACAUACCUCGUUGGUUAGAAGAACUGCGUAGCCACGCUGAUAAGAAUAUAGUCAUCAUUCUUAUAGGAAACAAAAGUGAUCUUGAGAACCAGCGUACAGUACCCACGGAGGAUGCAAAAGAAUUUGCCGAGAAAGAAGGCUUAUUUUUCUUAGAGACCUCAGCACUGGAAGCAACUAACGUUGAAACAGCCUUCAUGACUGUUUUGACAGAAAUCUUCAACAUUGUUAACAAGAAGAACCUAGUUGCUGAUGAAAAUCAGGGAAAUGGCAACUCGGCAUCUCUGUCUGGCAAGAAGAUUAUUGUUCCUGGUCCUGCACAAGAAAUCCCUGCUAAGAGGAACAUGUGUUGUCAGUAAUCCUGACUUUCUUUAUAUUUUGUUUUAAUUUAUUAGAUCUCAUGGUUCUUCUAUGUUCUUAUCUCCAUUUUUAAUGGUUUGGCUCAUUUCCUUUGUAUAUUUACGUUGUUCAAAAUUUAUUUUUCCUGAGUUGAUUAGUAAUUACAAAUUGCUUGGUACAAUGCCCGUGAAUUUCGUGGGUAACUUGGUUGGACUUGGAACAGUGUUGAUUAUGAAAUGUUGUCAUGCCCAUAGAUAUAA